AUGAAUUUCAUCUCUAUUAAUGCUAGGGGUUUGGGGGUGCAAGGGAAACAGAGGUGGGUUAAAGAAUUGAGGGUCAAUAAUGGGGUGGAUUUUUUAGCCAUUCAAGAGUCUAAGAUUUCGGACAGGGAGGUGUUUGAUUGUUCUUCUUGUUGGGGGAGGGGGGUGUUGGAUUUCGAUAUGGUGGAAGCUUCGGGUAAGUCAGGUGGUAUUAUUAGCAUUUGGAAUUCUAAAGUAUUUAAGAAGAUUUCGGCUGAGUGUAAUGCCAAUUAUUUACUUACGUCGGGUGUGUUGGUUGAGGAUGGUUCGAUUCUUAAUAUUUUAAAUGUUUAUGCCCCUCAAAAUGUAGUGGCGAAAAGGGAUCUGUGGGUUAAAUUAAAAACAGUGAUGAAUAACAAUCAAGGUUUGUGGGUAGUCUUGGGGGACUUUAACGUCGUUCGUAGGCCAGAAGAUAGGAGGAACUCCAGAUUUAAUCAUAUGGCGGCAUCGGAUUUUAAUUUGUUUAUUGAUGAGGUGGAUCUCCAUGAGUAUUGUAUGAGGGGUAAUAAGUUUACUUACGCGGUUGUGGUGGAAGGGGUUGUUAAAUUGAGUAAAAUAGACAGGGUGCUGGUUAGUCAAAAAAAAUUUAACAGAUGGCCUAGGGCGUGUCUUAGAGCUUUGUCGCGUGGGUUGUCGGAUCACUCUCCUCUGUUGUUAACUUUGGUUGAUGUGAACUUCGGGUAUAAACCUUUUCGUUGGUUCAAUUCUUGGCUCGGGAGAGAGGGGUGUCAAAAUGUGGUUAGGAAGGCGAUUUUGGAUUGCUCGAUUGACGGAAGACCGGAUAUGGUGAUUUCAGGUAAGUUAAAGUGUGUUCGGGAGGCUAUUAAAAUUUGGCGGGAUGAGAUAGUGAGAAAGGAAGGAGAUUUACUAGAAAAUUGUAAAAGCGAUAUUCAAAGAUUAGAGCGAAUUUUGGAGGAUAGGGAGUUAGAGGAAGAAGAGGUGUGGAUCUGGGAAGAGUGUAAGAAAGAAGUCAUGCAGAUUGAGCAAUGGAAAACUAGGUAUUUGCAACAGAAAUCUCGUGUGGGUUGGGCGUCGAGUGGAGAUGAGAACUCAGCUUAUUUCCAUAGGAUGGUGAAUGGGAGGAAAGCGGUUAAUGACAUUCCGGGCCUUAGUAUAGAUGGUCAGUGGAUUACGAAGCCGAGUCUGGUCAAGAGGGAAGUUUUAAAAUUCUUCAGGAAUCAUUUCUCUGAAAGAUUUGGGAGAAGACCGGAGUUAAUGUGUGAUGGGUGUAAAGUUAUUUCGAGUGAGGAUGCUGAUAAGCUAGUCAGGCCGUUUUCUAAAGAGGAGAUAAAGGAGGCGGUUUUUGAUUGUGGCUCUGAUAAAGCCCCGGGUCCAGAUGGGUUUAAUUUCAAGUUUAUAAAACAUUUUUAG